AUGGCCUGUUUCCGUGGGGCCACCACGCCGUCGCCGUGCUGUCCGCUACAGUCUGUCCCGCCGAGCGUGGUCAGCGCUCCUGAGGCUCCCUCUUCUGAGUCCCAGUGGGCUGGACCGGCUGCGGAGGACCGAGCCGCCACCGUCAUCCAGCGCGCCUUCCGGCAGCUCCUGGCCAGGAAGGAGCUGGCCCGCCGCCAGCGGGCGCACCAGGACCACCAGCGGCAGAGGGAGGCCUUCAUGGCCCUGGUGCGGAGGGAGCAGGAGGCAGCGCGGCGGCGGCGGGAGGCGGAGGAGGCGGCCGAGCGGCGGCGGCGGGCGGAGAAGCAGCGCGGGGCCGGGCUGCGGGAGGCGGCCUUCGACGGCGACGUGGGCGAAAUCCAGGCGGUCCCGCGGCAGGCGGCCGAGCGGCUGACUCGCGGGGGCGUGGGCCACGACGAGGCGGGGGCUGCGCGGCGGCGGCGGCAGCGCGUGCCCCUGGUGGAGAGCGAGGACUGCAGCGGGAACACGCCGCCGUCGGAGGCGGCGGCCGGCGGGCAGCCCCUGGCCAUCCAGCUGCUGGCCGAGCAGGGCGCCAGCCCCAACAGCAAGGGCGCCUUCGGCCGGACGCCGCAGUACCGAGCAGUUUUCGGGGGGCACCUGGAAGCCGUGGAGGUGCUGCUGAAGCUCGGAGCCGACCCCCGGGUGUACGCGGAUGACGGUAGCCCGCCGGAGCAGGUGGCCUCCCUGGACACCGUGGCUGGUGUGCUGCGGUCGUGGGACCUGAGCCUCACGGAGGCCAUGCUCCAGAACAUGGAGGCCGAGCCGCAGCGCCGGGCCCAGGAGGCGGCAGAGGCCAAGCGGUGCGGCGGGGGGCUGGGGGGGGGCAGGGAGGGCCUCUGGACCGGGCCACCCCCCCCCCAGCAUGAACCUCAACGUCCCGCAGUUGGCAAGGGCACAGCAGCAGCGCACACACAGGUGAGCGGCCCCCUGGUGCAGGGACGGGGGUGGGGACAGGCAGGCUGGCCCUGGCCUCAGAGGGAUGGAGCGGGUCUGGAGGGCAGCAGGCCAGGCCGGCCCGGUCCCCGCGCCCAGCUGCAGCAGGCCUACUGUGAGCUCGCCGGAGGAUUGCCGAGCGCGGAGUGUGGGCCGAGCUGCCCAGGCCGGGCUGAGCUCGCCCUGCAGGCCAUCAGGGACGCAGAGACCCAAGUGGACCGGCUUUGGCUGGAGGCCCGGAAGGCCGAGGAGACGCUGGCCAUGGCCAGGCUAGAGCUGCGGGAGCAGACCCAGGAGGGGGAGGAGGUGGUGCGCGGGCUGAAAUGCCGGGUCACCGAGCUGCACGACGUCCUAAUGAAGGAUGUGGGCAACCACAUCUGCGCCGAUGGCCGGUGGCCUCUUGUCAUCGACCCUUAGGGCCAGGCAGCCACCUUCCUGCGCUACCAGGACACCAACUACGUGGACGCAGUGAACCCCGCGCACCUGCGGCCGGACAGGAUCUGGCUGGCGCUGCUGGGGGCGCUCAGGUACGGGAAGCCGCUGGUGUUCUACUUGCGCGAGGCGGACCUGCUCCCUGUGGUGCGGAGGCAGCUGGAGGCCCUGCGGCCGGGGCUGGCGCGGGAGCUGCUGAGCCAGGGGCUCCUGGAGCGGGAGGGCUACCUGUCGCUGCUGCGGCCUGCCCACGAGCCUGAGUACAGCCCCUCGCGCUUGCAGGCGCCGCGCCUGGGGCACUUCCGCGUCAUCUUCGUCACCAAGGCCCAGCGGCCACCGGCCAAGCAGCUGCAGCUCCCUGUGUGGGUGCUGCGCCCCCUGGGGACCCCUAGGGCCGAGCCCCAAUAAAGCUUGGGCCGCCGGCCUCGGGGCCUGGGACUGCCUGCGUCCUGUGUGCACGCACCAAGUGGGGAGCAGGGCACGGGGGCCCAGCCUUGUGGGGGGGGC